GGCUGGCAUCUAGUAAAGGAGGCAUUGGUUUUUAUUUUUUCACCAAGGAGUAUCUCGGAGGCCACGCAUAGAACUUCAUAGAGCUUUUGGACUGCGAGAUGUGCUUUCGGUCGUUCACAUUCACUGCGCAGCGAGUUCAGCCUGUAUGGCAGGCCGAGCUAUAAGGUAGAAAAGAUGACUGCUGCUGUGAUUGUCCCUGCUUGUUAGUACAUAGCGCCAGCUGGCAGAAAUGGCGUUCAAACAGUGGCGCAGAUUCAAUUUCUUCGACAAGGAGGUGGUGCGGGAUGGCGACAAGACGUUCGACAAGCUCCAGGAGCUGAGCGUGACAUGCAGCGCAAGCGGCCGAGGCCAGCUUGUGUUGGGGGAAGUUGGUGGUCAUGUGGUGUGCGUGAACCGUCAGCUCCAGCUGACCACCUUCCGUGCCUACGAACUGACAGUGGAACUAGUGCAGCAAAUGCGCAACCACGCGCUGCUCAUCACACUCGGUGCAGACGAGAGCGGCGUCAACCCAUUGGUCAAGGUGUGGAACCAGGACAAAGUUGACAAGCAUGGUGUGCCCCAUUGUUGUCGCAUUGUUCGAGCCGCAGCGGGUACUUCACCCUCACCGGCCAAGUCACUGGCUGUGGAUGAACGGUUGACGCUCAUGGCCGUUGGCCUGGAAGAUGGCCGCCUGCUGCUGUAUCGUGGGGAUGUCACGCGGCAGCAGAGCCGUCAGACUGUAGUGCCCCUGGAGUUCGGCUCAGUCAAUGCACUGGCCUUUGCCGGGGCCAGCCAGCUGUUUGUCGCCACCGGCACCAAGGUGCUGUCGCUGGUUCUCGGUGCGCAUGGGCAGCCUUCCAAGCAACUUGUUCUGGAUGCACAUGGCUGUGCCCCACAGUGUGCUGCCCUAAGCAGUGAGGGUGAAUUUGUCGUCGCUCGUGAAGACGCUGUCUACUUCUACCAUCCAGAGGGCCGUGGUUCCUGCUUUGUCUUUGAAGAUGAAAAGUUGUUGCUACGUUGGUUUCGUACAUACUUAGUCCUGGUGGCCAGGGAUGCCAAGACAGCCAGAAGUACUGGUGGUCCAGACAAAACAAUAGUUACCAUCUAUGACAUACAGAACAAAUUUGUAGCCUACUCGGCAGCCAUUCCUGGUGUGGUAGACGUGAUGGCUGAGUGGGGCUCCCUCUAUGUGCUGGUACAAGAAGGCAAGCUGUUCUGUCUCCGUGAGAGGGACACCCAGAGCAAGCUGGAGCUGCUCUUUCGCAAAAACCAGUACUCAUUGGCCAUCAGCUUAGCACGGAGCCAGAAAUAUGACCAAGAUGGUUUGGCAGACAUCUUUCGGCAGUACGGGGACCAUUUAUACAGCAAGGGUGACUAUGAAGGGGCUGUGCAGCAAUAUAUACGCACCGUGGGCAAGCUGGAAGCCUCGUAUGUCAUUCGCAAGUUCCUGGAUGCUCAGCGCAUUGGUAACUUGACUGAGUACCUGCAAGAGCUGCACCGGCGAGGUUUUGCCAAUGAGGAUCACACCACACUCCUUCUCAACUGCUACACCAAACUUGAAGAGGAUGACAAGCUCACCAACUUCAUCAUGACGGAGGACGUGGCCUUUGACGUGGAGAUAGCUGUGCGGGUCUGCCGCCAGGCUGGCUAUUUUGCCCAAGCACGGCACCUGGCCAAGAAGCACGGUUGCCAUGACCUGUAUGUGCACAUUCAGCUGGAUGACUGCAAAGACUAUGCAGAUGCAUUGCAGUACAUCAGCCAGCUGGACCAUGCACAAGCAGAGGGCUACAUGCAGAAAUAUGGCAAGGCGUUACUGGAUGCGAUCCCGGCUGAGACGACCCAGCUGCUUAUGCAACUCUGCACUGGUCGCAGUGGAACCUGGCCGUGUCGGUCACAGCCGGAAGAUUUCAUACACAUCUUUGUGAACAAUUCAGAAGAGCUGCUGCGGUUCCUGCAGCAUAUGGUAGAGGUGCAGCCAGAUUCAUCCAGCCUGGUCUACAACACUCUGCUAGAAUUGCAUCUGCAAGCCUACAAACAUGAGGCGAACCCAGAGGCACGGCAGGCUCGGGAACAGCACAUCAUGGAGAUGCUGCGAAACAUGCAGUCGCGAUAUGACCUGGACCAGGCCCUGGUGCUGUGCCAGAUGAAUGGUUUCAAGCCAGGUAUCCUGCAUCUCUACGAGAAGGCCAAGUUGUACCACCAGAUCCUCGCCUACCAUAUUGACCAACGCGACUACGAUGGCGUGAUCAAGUUGUGUGAGAAGUUUGGUAUCUAUGAUCCCAACCUCUGGAUUCAAGCACUUGGCUUCUUUGCACGAGCUGAGGGUGCCAGCCAGCAUCUGUCCACUGUACUGCAGCAGGUGGAAAAGGGGCGCCUACUGCCACCCGUAUUGGUAGUGGAAAUGACUCGGCCUGCACCCCUAUCAACACUGCGGGACUACCUGGUACGGCACCUACAGGCUGAGAGCCGGCAGCUAGAUGAGCACCAGCGGCUCAUUGCUCAGUACCGCCAGGAAACUGAACGUGUUCGGCAGGAGAUGCAUGACUUGCGUAAUGGCCCACGAAUCUUCCAGGAUGCAAAAUGUUCAGGCUGCAACCACCAGUUGGAAUUACCCUCUGUGCACUUCCUCUGUGGCCACUCCUAUCACCAACAGUGCUUUGAGAACUAUGCUGAAAAUGACACAGACUGUCCUGAAUGCCUGCCACAGCACAGCAAGGUGUUGGACAUCCUGCGGUCUCAAGAGCAGGCACGAAACCUGCAUGAGGACUUCCAUCAUCAGGGAAGAAGCCCCGACUGGGGACGAUUGCCGUGCGCGGGGAGUCGUGCUGCGACAGGGACGAGCGCCGGUUACGAGGCAAGCUGCAAGCUGGAGCGCUCGGAGGAUGGCUUCUCUGUGGUGGCUGACUACCUAGGCCGGGGCCUGUUUCAACGACUCACGCUGCUGGCACCAGCCACAGCAGCAGCAGCAGGCCCACCAGCAGUAGAACUGAGGGCAGCCAGGUCUUGAUCACAGCCCAUGUGCUGCAUGGAAAGUAUGCUGCGUGGCUAGCCAUUAGAACAAUGCUGGUGGCAUUUGCGAGGCCCCGAGGCAACCCAUCAAGUACUCACCUGACAUAUUUGGAGUGCAACGGCAUCAUGAGUGCCAAUUUGAUCAUGUUCCACCUUGUGCUGCCAUCAUACU